AUGGGAUUAACAGGUAAGUUGAUUGCAGCUAUAGAGUUUGAGGCUGGGGGUGAUGUGUUCCAUCAACUGUUCAGGCACACGCCACAUCAUGUUUCCACAGCUAGCCCUGACAAAGUACAGGGUUGUGAUCUAAUUGAGGGCGAUUUUGGUCAUGUUGGCUCAAUCAUCUGCUGGAGGUACACCCAUGAUGGGAAAGAGAAGACUGCGAAGCAACUGAUCAAAAGCAUCGACGAGGAGAAAAAGUUGAUGGAGUUCAAGAUGUUAGAAGGAGAUCUGAUGGAGGAGUACAAAGACUUCAUCAUAACCAUCCACGUGGAGACUAAGGGUCAUAUCGAUUUGGUUACGUGGACUUUGGAGUAUGAGAUGCUCGACGAAAACGUCGAGCAUCCCAUUUCGCUGCUCGCCUAUUUCAUCGCUCUUACCAAAGACAUUGAGACUCAUCAUGUUGGGAAACCUUAA